AUGGAGCCGCUGGAUGGCGAACAGCAUGUCGAGCGUCGACCGGUGUGGGCGGAAACCGCUCUGCUCCUGCGUGAGGAUGCCCUCUCGCUCGCAGUAGUGGCUCAGUCGUGUAGCGACGACCUUAAGCCGCACUCCAUCGUGUCCCCCUUCUUGAACAGCACUCUGAUGGUGGCAUCCUUCCACUGCUGUGGUACGUCCCCAGUCUGCCACACGUCGACGACAAUGGCGUGGAACUCGCGGAGGAGACCUUGAUCUCCGUCCAGAAAAAGCUUGAUCAGCUCAGCCGGUAGGUCGUCCGGCCCGACGGCCUUUCCGUUGGCCGUUUUCCAUACCGCUCCCUCAACAUCAAGUAGAGAUGGGAUGUCGUCGAGUAGCACGCACGUGGGCCACCGCUUUACCUUGUCAGCCGCAUGCAGGUCGAUAGUCGGCGACUUGGUGUUGAGAAGCUUGUGAAACCACCGUGCUCAACGUUGGCGAACAAACGUGGGGUCCCGAAGGACCU